GAUUCACUAAGAGGACCCGGGAUGUCUAUCACUAGUAAGGAAGCGCUACCACGCUAAGCAGUACAGACACCGCGUCACAGAACAGGAAGGAUCCCAACACAAACUGGCCAACAACUUUUCAUACUGGUAUCCACUCCUCUUUAUCCUGGGGAUGAGCGCACCAAUGAGGAGCCUGACCGGUAUGCCUGAUCGCAUGUUAUGUGCAGUGCUGGAGCAAUUUCAGCUUUACAUUUCCCGUUGAUUCACUCGCUCUAUAGCACGGCAAGUCCCAGCAUGCUGAAGAGAAAGCAAAGCUCGCGGGUUGAGGCGCCGCCGAUGACGGACUUUGGACCUGAUGAAACGCUCACCGACAGUGCUGAUAUCCUCUGGAUAAACAAAGCAUGGGUGCACUCUCUGCUGCGGGCCUGCGCCAUAAUCAGUGUCAUCUCGGUGUGCAUGAACACGCCCAAAACGUUCGAGCACUACCCACCCCUGCAGUACGUCACCUUCACCCUGGACACGCUGCUCAUGUUUCUCUACACGGCCGAGAUGAUUGCAAAGAUGCACAUCAGGGGCAUCGUCAAGGGAGAUAACUCCUACGUUAAGGACCGCUGGUGCAUGUUUGAUGGCUUCAUGGUGGUCUUUCUCUGGGUCUCGCUUGUGCUCCAGGUGUUUGAAAUUGCUAAAAUUGUGGAUCGCAUGUCUCCAUGGAGAAUGCUGCGCAUACCCAGGGCCCUCAUCAUGAUUCGUGCCUUUAGGAUAUAUUUCAGAUUCGAGUUGCCCCGUACUCGCAUAACCAACAUUCUUAAGCGAUCUGGAGAGCAGAUCUGGAGUGUGUCCAUAUUUCUGCUCUUCUUCCUGCUUCUUUAUGGGAUCCUGGGAGUUCAGAUGUUUGGUACCUUCAAUUACCACUGUGUGACCAAUGAUACACUUAAGGGCAAUGUGACAUGGAACAGCCUUGCCAUUCCAGACACACAUUGCUCUCCAGAUGGAGAGGGCUAUCGGUGUCCCAUGGGAUUUAAAUGCAUGGACCUGGAGGACCUGGGACUCAGCAGACAAGAGCUGGGUUAUAGUGGCUUCAACGAACUGGGCACCAGCAUAUUCACAGUGUAUGAGGCUGCUUCUCAGGAGGGCUGGGUCUUCAUCAUGUACCGCGCCAUUGACAGCUUCCCACGCUGGCGUUCCUACUUCUACUUCAUCACGCUUAUCUUCUUCCUCGCUUGGCUCGUCAAGAAUGUGUUCAUAGCUGUUAUCAUCGAAACCUUUGCUGAGAUCAGAGUCCAGUUUCAGCAAAUGUGGGGCUCCAGAAGCAGCACGACAUCUACAGCCACUACACAGAUGUUUCAUGAGGAUGCGUCUGGAGGAUGGCAGCUUGUGGCAGUGGAUGUGAACAAACCACAUGGCCGUGCGCCCGCCUGUCUACAGCAACUGAUGCGCUCCUCCAUGUUUCACAUGUUCAUCCUGAGUAUGGUGGCUGUGGAUGUGAUCGUGGCUUCCAGCAACUACUACAAGGGCAAGAACCACAAAAAGGACUAUGAUGAGUUCUACCUGGCUGAGGUUGCCUUCACUAUGCUGUUUGAUCUGGAGGCUCUACUGAAGAUCUGGUGUCUGGGCUUCACUGGCUACAUCAGCUCCUCUCUACACAAGUUUGAGUCUCUGCUGGUAGUGGGAACCACAUUGCACAUCUACCCUGACCUCUACCACUCUCAGCUUACAUACUUCCAGGUGCUGAGAGUGGUGCGUCUCAUAAAGAUCUCUCCUGCGCUGGAGGACUUUGUGUACAAGAUUUUUGGUCCAGGCAAGAAGCUGGGUAGCCUGGUGGUGUUCACAGCUAGUCUGCUUAUAGUCAUGUCUGCCAUCAGUCUACAGAUGUUCUGCUUUGUGGAGGACUUGGAUCGUUUCACAACUUUUCCACGGGCAUUCAUGUCCAUGUUUCAGAUCCUCACACAGGAGGGUUGGGUGGACGUCAUGGACCAAACCCUGGUUGCAGUGGGAGAUAUGUGGGCUCCAGUGGUGGCCAUCUACUUUAUACUCUACCACCUGUUUGCCACGCUGAUCCUGUUGAGUCUGUUUGUGGCUGUGAUUCUGGACAACCUUGAGCUCGAUGAAGAUUUGAAAAAGCUGAAACAGCUAAAGCAGAGCGAGGCCAGUGCUGACACUAAAGAAAAGCUUCCUCUGCGUCUGCGUAUCUUUGAGAAGUUCCCCAACAGACCACAGAUGGUGAAGAUCUCCAAGCUUCCUUCAGACUUCACUGUGCCCAGGAUUAGGGAGAGUUUUAUGAAGCAGUUUAUUGACCGACAACAGCAGGACCCCAGCUGUCUGUUCCGCAGACUUCCAUCAGCGUCCUCUUCCUCUUGCGACCAUUCUAAGAGGUCGGCUAUUGAGGACAAUAAAUACAUUGAUCAAAAGCUGAGAAAAUCAAUAUUCGGCAUCCGCGCUCGCAAUCUCAUGGAAAAAGAAACAACCGUCAAUAAAAUUCUACGGGCUUGCAUCAGGCAACGCAUGCUGAGUGGCUCCUUCGAAGGCCAGCCAACGAAAGAGCGCUCCAUCCUUAGCGUGCAGCACCACAUCCGCCAGGAACGCAGGUCUCUCAGGCACGGCUCCACCAGCCAGAGGAUCAGCAGAGGCAAAUCUCUGGAGACGCUCACCCAGGAUCACUCGAGCACAGUACGCUACAGGAACGCUCAGAGAGAGGACAGCGAGAUCAAGAUGAUCCAGGAGAAGAAGGAACAAGCUGAAAUGAAACGGAAAGUCCAGGAGGAAGAGCUGAGAGAGAACCAUCCUUACUUUGACAAGCCGCUGUUCAUAGUGGGGAGGGAGCAUCGCUUUCGGAACUUCUGCAGAGUGAUCGUGCGGGCUCGAUUUAACGCGUUGAAGACUGAUCCUAUUACAGGAGCAGUAAAAAGCACCAAAUAUCACCAGUUAUAUGAUUUGCUGGGCUUGGUUACAUAUUUGGACUGGGUGAUGAUUGUGGUCACCAUCUGUUCCUGCAUCUCAAUGAUGUUUGAAUCUCCGUUCACCAGAGUCAUGCAUGUUCCUACACUGCAGAUAGCUGAGUAUGUGUUUGUUAUAUUCAUGAGCAUUGAGCUGACCCUGAAGAUCAUGGCGGAGGGUCUCUUCUUCACCCCUACAGCAGUCAUCCGAGACUUUGGUGGAGUUAUGGACAUUUUUAUCUAUUUGGUCAGUCUGAUUUUCUUGUGGUGGCUACCAACCGACGUGCCUCCAGAAUCCGGUGCUCAGCUCCUGAUGAUGCUGCGCUGCCUGCGUCCUCUGCGCAUCUUCAAGCUGGUGCCGCAAAUGAGGAAGGUGGUGCGUGAGGUUCUCAAAGGCUUUAAGGAAAUAUUUCUGGUCUCUAUUCUUCUCUUGACAUUAAUGCUGGUAUUUGCGAGCUUUGGAGUUCAGCUUUUUGCAGGGAAGCUUGCCAAAUGUAACGAUCCUCAGAUCUCAGAUGAGAAAGACUGCCACGGUAUCUUCAGAAUUAAUGUCAGCAUCUCCAAAAACCUCAACCUAAAACUCAGACCGGGAGAAAACAAGCCUGGAUUUUGGGUGCCGAGAGUGUGGGCAAACCCUCGCAACUUCAACUUUGACAAUGUCGGCAAUGCCAUGCUAGCUCUGUUCGAGGUUUUGUCUCUGAAGGGUUGGGUGGAGGUCAGAGACGUGAUCAUUCACAGAGUGGAUCCGACACAUGGCAUCUACAUUCAUGUCUUUGUGUUUCUGGGCUGCAUGAUCGGUCUCACUCUGUUCGUGGGUGUUGUGAUUGCUAAUUUCAAUGAAAACAAGGGUACAGCUCUGCUAACAGUGGAUCAGAGAAGAUGGGAGGAUCUGAAGAGCAGGCUGAAGAUUGCUCAGCCGCUGCAUCUCCCCCCACGUCCAGAAAAUGGUGGCCUUCGUGCCAAGAUGUAUGACAUCACGCAGCACCCUUUCUUCAAGCGUGGCAUAGCAGUGCUGGUCUUAGCCCAGUCUGUUUUACUGUCUGUUAAGUGGGAUGUGGAUGAUCCUGUGACUUUUCCUCUGGCCACCAUGUCUGUAGUUUUUACUUUCAUCUUUGUCCUUGAGGUGACUAUGAAGCUGAUAGCCAUGUCGCCUGCUGGGUACUGGCAAAGCAGGAGGAACAGAUAUGACCUGCUGGUGACCUCGCUUGGGGUUAUAUGGAUCAUCGUACACUUUGCUCUACUGAAUGCCUACACCUACAUGAUGGGCACCUGUGUGAUAGUGUUGAGGUUUUUCACCAUAUGUGGAAAGCAUGUGACUCUUAAGAUGCUGCUACUGACAGUGGUGGUGAGCAUGUACAAGAGCUUUUUCAUCAUCGUGGGCAUGUUCUUGUUGCUGCUUUGCUACGCCUUUGCCGGCGUGGUGCUCUUCGGCACUGUCAAAUAUGGAGAAAACAUAAACAGGCACGCAAACUUCGCCACGGCAGGAAAGGCCAUUACUGUGCUGUUUCGCAUCGUGACAGGCGAAGACUGGAAUAAGAUAAUGCACGAUUGCAUGGUACAGCCUCCGUUCUGCACUCCUGACAAGCACCGCUACUGGGAGACGGACUGUGGCAACUACGCUGGCGCUCUUAUCUACUUCUGCUCCUUCUACGUCAUCAUCGCCUACAUUAUGCUCAACUUGCUCGUUGCUAUCAUUGUGGAGAACUUCUCUUUGUUCUACUCUACGGAGGAGGACCAGUUGCUAAGUUACAACGACCUGCGCCACUUCCAGAUCAUUUGGAACAUGGUGGAUGACAAGCGGGAGGGCGUGAUCCCCACCUCGAGAGUGAAGUUCCUGCUGCGACUGCUCAGGGGCAGGCUGGAGGUGGACCUAGAUAAAGAUAAACUCCUCUUUAAGCACAUGUGCUACGAGAUGGAGAGGCUACACAGUGGAGGAGAUGUGACCUUCCAUGACGUGCUGAGCAUGCUGUCAUACCGCUCUGUGGACAUCAGGAAGAGUCUGCAGCUUGAGGAGUUGCUGGCACGGGAACAGCUGGAAUAUACCAUUGAGGAGGAAGUGGCCAAGCAGACCAUUCGCAUGUGGCUGAAGAAGUGUCUCAAACGCAUCCGAGCUAAGCAGCAGCAGUCGUGCAGCAUCAUUCUCAGUCUGCGUGAGAGUCAGCAGCAGGAUCUACGCCGCCUGCUCAAUCCCCCCAGCAUUGAGACCACAUUACCUACUGAUGAGUCCAACACCAACAACCCGGACAACCCCACCCAGCCGGAGCAGAACAGCACGCUGCAGACUCUGCUGAGCCCCACGCUGUCAGACCGCAGCGGCUACAGACAGGACUCUGCUGAUCGGCCCCAAAGGAAGCUGGGUCAGUGGAGGCUACCCACAGGUCGCACCAGUGUGAAGUCCAUGGUGUGCAAGAUAAACCCAGUAAACGACGAGACGUCCUCGGGGUCCGAGGUCAAAAAGUGGUGGACUCGGCAGCUGACCGUGGAGAGUGAUGAGAGUGGUGAUGACCUUAUUGAUAUUUAAGGGUUUAUAGGUUCAAACGAACACCCGCGAAUGCAGGAAUGCACUGUUGGAGCCUUGUCUGCUCAUUCAUCAUGUACAGCAGGCAUCACGGACCGGGUUAUAACGAACGUAAGCUUCUGGCUUUGAAGGAAUCUGAGAAACGUGAUAGUUACGGGUAGGGAAGGGUACAGGUGCUUGAACCUGUCGAAUUAUGCAGUGAAGUAUGCAAAAUGUGCAGAGAAUAUUUAGCUGCACAGGUCUUUUUGUAUGAACUCCAAAGUCACCCAUCUGUGAUGUAGUACCUGUCCAUUCAAUAAGAUCAGUCAUCAUGCAUUCAUCACCAUUUCCACUUAAUGACUGAUACACCAGUGUAUUUAUUUAAAUUGAAUUCAUUUCAUCAUAAAACAGUAUCCAAUGUGCAGUGUUACUCUCAGAUAGACAGCAGCUGGUGUGAGCGCUCAGGAAAUUUUACUUAACAGGAUCCUAAUCUCACAUCCAGAUGAUUCUAGAAGCAGAGUUUUAGCGUCUGUGCGUUUCUCUAUGUUAAACCUAAAUUGACGUGGAAGCCAUACAGAGUUUCUCUGAAUGUGUUUGUCUUUGUGCCAGUGUUUUACAUCCCUACAUAAUAACCAGUCUGCUUCUAAAUGUUCGUCAUUCAUUUUGUAAAUCGACAUGCCACGAGGAACCCUCCAUAAACUGAAUGUACAUUUAUUUGUUUAUGUGACUGUGCCAAUUCCUAAUAGUAUAAUGUUAAUUUAUUUAAAUUAUUUACUAUAGAAAUUAUAUAUAUCUAUUUUGUAAAAAAUGCAAUUUAUACAUAUUAUGUGAUUUUAAAUGACAGAUAAUAAAACCUAUGAAUA